UCCUCCUUUGACUCCUCAGGAUGUGGUUCACUUUUAUUUGCCAGCUCACCUCUUGUCUGGAGAAAUCCAACCUCAAGGCUGCAAUGGCUUCAGGGAAAGAAAGCGGUUUUGGACUUGACAACCUCGCAUUUGAUAUGGAUGACCAGGUCAAUGAUCCACCCAAAAGCAAGGAGGGAAAGACGUGUGGCAGCAGCUGCACGGAAGAGGAAGACAGAAAUAAACCCACCUAUUGUGUGACUGACGUUCCCCCUUGGUACCUUUGUAUUUUUCUGGCCAUUCAGCAUUACCUGACGGCGUUCGGUGGGAUCCUCUCCAUCCCUCUCAUCCUCUCGGAGGGGCUGUGUCUGCAGCACGACAGCCUGGUCCAGAGUCGCCUCAUUAAUACCAUUUUCUUCGUCUCUGGCCUGUGCACCCUGCUGCAGGUCAUCUUCGGCGUCAGGCUUCCCAUCCUACAGGGGGGCACAUUUGCUCUGCUGACCCCUGCCAUGGCCAUGUUGUCCAUGCCAGAGUGGAAGUGCCCAGCGUGGACCCAGAACGCCAGUCUGGUCAACACGUCCUCGCCUCUCUUCAUAGAAGUGUGGCAGAGCCGCAUGCAAACGCUGCAGGGCUCGAUCAUGGUGGCCUCUCUUCUUCAGGUCCUCGUCGGUUUCUCUGGUCUCAUUGGCUUCCUCAUGCGCUUCAUUGGCCCCCUCACCAUUGCCCCCACGGUCUCUCUCAUAGGCCUGUCGCUGUACGAUUCAGCCGGAACCAAAGUUGGCAGCCACUGGGGCAUCUCUGCUAUGACCACGGCGCUGAUCAUCCUGUUCUCCCAGUACCUCCGUCUCAUACCAGUCCCUGUUCCUGCAUAUAGCAAAGCCAAGAAACUUCACACUUCAAAGUUCUACAUCUUCCAGAUAAUGCCUAUCCUUCUGGGCAUAGCGGUCUCAUGGUUAGUCUGCUACCUCCUCACCAUCUAUGAUGUCCUACCAUCCGAUCCAGCCCAUUACGGCUACCUGGCCCGCACUGACGUGAAGGGAAAUGUGGUGAACGAGGCCUCCUGGUUCACGUUACCGUAUCCUGGUCAGUGGGGCAUGCCAACGGUGAGCCUGGCAGGCGUUUUUGGCAUUAUGGCUGGAAUAAUAUGCUCCAUGGCAGAGUCCGUGGGCGACUACCAUGCGUGCGCCAAGCUGUCAGGGGCCCCUCCUCCCCCGAAGCACGCCAUCAACAGGGGCAUUGGCGUUGAAGGGGUCGGCUCUUUGCUGGCAGGAGCCUUUGGCACGGGCAAUGGCACCACCUCGUUUAGUGAGAACGUGGCUGCCCUGGGUAUCACCAAGGUUGGUAGCCGAACGGUGAUUCUUCUGAGUGGAGUUUUCAUGAUUCUGAUGGGGAUGUUGGGUAAAAUCGGAGCCAUCUUCACAACCAUCCCCACCCCUGUGCUUGGAGGGAUGUUCCUGAUCAUGUUUGGAGUCAUAACUGCAGCAGGCAUUUCCAAUCUGCAGUCCACAGAUAUGAAUUCCUCCAGGAAUAUAUUUGUUUUUGGUUUUUCCAUGUUUACUGCGCUUGUCAUUCCGAACUGGAUCUUGAAAAAUCCUGAUUUCUUCAAAACAGGUGUGAAAGAGGUCGACCAAGUGGUGCACAUAUUGUUGACCACCCAUAUGUUUGUGGGAGGGUUUCUUGGCUUCUUCCUUGAUAACACAAUACCUGGGACUAAACGUGAGCGUGGCCUCUUAGCUUGGGACAAAGUGCAUCUUGAGGACUCUAGCACCACCCUGGAAACUGAGGAGAUAUAUGACUUGCCCUUGGGCAUUACCUCUUGCCUCUCUUCUCAGUCUUGGGUUCGUUACGUACCUUUCUGCCCCUGGAAGGGCAACAGAACUCAGUACAGCUCUGAGGACAAUAAGCCUCAGAGCAAGUGGAAUGAUGAUCUUCCUGAUGGGACAGGAGUCACUGAGGACAUACACCUGUAAGGUCUGAAACAGAGGUGGUGUGAUAACAUUCUCUGACUUCAUGACAUCAUACUACGUCACCAUGUCACAUAUUUGCAUUAUUCAUGCCUUGCAGCUUGUUUGGCACUUCAGGAUUAAUUUAGUGAAGCUGCUCUGUUGUAGUUAGCGGUGCUGGCUCAGGCGUGUGUGAGCUGACCAGUCAGAGGAGACUGGGUAUUUGAGAGGAAGCCUUAAAGGGACAGCAGCUCAAACAGAACAUGUCGUACAGACGGGGAAUAACAUGCUGCAGCACUGGACAGAAUAAGAAAACUGAUGUGCUUUUUGAGAAUUUAAGCAUGUAAACCUAUUCUGUUAGUAAGCCAUAAUAAAAAUGUGAACCUGAAAAUUAGGAUAAUAUAUCUCCUUUAAUUGUUUAAGUCAUUUUUCAAGCAAAAAAGUCAAACAUUUUCUCAUUGCAGCUUCUUAAAUGUCAAGAUUUGCUGUUAUUUUUGUCAUAUAUGAUAGUAAGUGAAAAUUCUUCUGGAUUUGGAAUGUUUGAUGGAAUAUGAAGUAGUCACUUUGGGCUCCAAUAAUUUAUGAUUAGCAUUUUCAAAAUUUUCUUUCAUAUUGUAUUCUUUCGUAUUGUAUUGUAUCACAUUGCAUCACAUCAUAUCGCAUCGUAUCGUAUCACAUUGUUUCGUAUCGCAUAUUCGUCUUUUGCACUUGUUGAGUUGCCGUGCUGCUGAAAUGCAAAUUGGAGAUGUUCCUCGUGAAUUCAUUAAUGUUUUAUCCCUCCUAAUUAAAAUGAUAGUUUAUCUAUGUUUACCGUCCUACAUGCAGCAUGGCUGCCAGCAGUGAGUUUAAUUUUGAUGUUUAAAACAUGUUUUCAAUAUUUGAGCCCGACUUCACACAGAGAGAAAUAAUGAUAUCUGACGCUGUAGCUCUCACUGCUGCCUACACCAAUUAAAACAGAAAUACAAAACGA